AUGGGGGCAGGCCACGCGAAGGAAGGCAGCGGAGGAUACCGCAUCGUGCGUAUUUGCCCCGAGGGACCCGUGUCGGAGUGCGACAUGGAGAUCUUCUUCGAUUACAUUGUACAGAUAGAAGACGUGCAGUUGCAAGACGCCUCCAGGAAGACAUACGAGUCUUUUAUGCAGAAGGUACGAGAAGGAGAGAACAAAGAGGUGCGUCUGAUAGUGUAUAGCUGUCGACAUGAUAAACUGAAAGAGGUGCAUGUGAGGCCAAGGAGGUGGAGCGGAAAGGGGUUACUAGGUAUGAACAUAAGUUAUGAGAAAGCAAAUGCAAUGGAGGAAGGAAUUCAAAUUGUAAGCAUUGAGGAUGGUCACUCAGAUGUUAGAAGUAAAGUAACAGAGAAGGAAGACAUCAUUAUCGGGCAUGAAGAGAAUAUCCUUCGGAAUUGUGAUGAGCUUCGUAACUUUGUCGAGGCUAAUUUGUUUAGCUACCAUAGAGAAAGGAAGAAAAGGUCUCCACUGGAGCUACCCUUUUAUGUGUAUAACAGGAAGAGUGGAGAUGUGAGGAAGGUUAAAAUGCAGGUGGAUCUCGCGUGGGGAAACCACGGACUGAUCGGGUGUCACCUCCGCAGUGGUGGACACCUGUGUGAAAUGGAUGAUUCGAUUGGGGAGGGGUGGAGGGCAGAGGAGGACACCACGCGAGGGGGGAGCCACGUGAUGGGCCGCGACAUGAGGCGUCAUAUGAACCGCCAAAUGAACCGCGAGAUAAACCGCCAGAUAAACCGCGAACUGACACAGGAGGCGGUCCCAUACGACAGGCCGCCCCCCCCCGAGCAUGUCACCACCGCGGAGUGGACUAAUGACUUAUCCGGUAAGUCCAUCGAAUGGGGUGCAGACCCAUCCGUGAGAAGUAGCCACAUCCGAUUUGGCCGCAAUGAAACGAAGAGGGAAGAAGCGGAGGGGGAAGAGCCAGUGCGCCCAGAUUAUGGCAGGUUGAAUACGCACUUUUUUAGAGACGGCAGUGUUGCGGGCGCGUUGGGCACUUCGAUGAGCAGUUCGCUGGGCAGAACAAUGGACAGAUCAUUGGAUAACUCAGCGGGCGGCGAGAAGAGCUACGCUUUGAGCUCCACGAUCGAAGUUGCGGUUGAGGGGUGCGCGGAGGGGAACCUGCACAUGGGCGAGGAGUGGAACCUGGACAUGAGCCCAGACGGCGCGCUUUCUGACAUCUCCUCGGGAGGGAAGAAGCCGAAGGGGAAGCAUGUCAUGCAGCCCGCACAGAUAAAGCAUACGUUGAAUACUUCGCCCACCUCACACGAGUGGAACCUUCCCCCAGAGCAGGAGCAGCCACCCCCAGAUCAGCGAGACAGCCCAGCAGACAGGUACGAAAGGUACGUGAGGAAUAUGAAAACAUAUAGCGAAGAGAUGUUAGAGGUUUAUAAAGACAUGGAUGAAAAUGGUAGACUCCUGGAGGAGCUGAAGUUACGGACGCUGAGAAAUUCUUCCAUGGGGGAGAAGUUGGUUAGUGGCGAAUGUGAUUACCUCGCUGGAGAGGUGAGUGCUCCUGUGGUGGGUUUCCCAGGAUGGACGCUCCCGGAAGGGGACAAAAAUGAGAGAAGCGGAAUUGGCCAAGUUGAUAUGGAGGCAGAAUCUCACGGAGGAGAUGGUCUCCUCAUGUAG